AUGGGCAACGUCGGCAGCAGGCCUGAUGAGGCAUCGCCCCUCAGCCUGGCCGACCAGGCGAGAUUCACCAUUGCGAACGUGAACGUCACCAACUCGCGCGGCCAAACCUUACUCCGAAUCACUCCAAAUGCAUUUCCAGCGACUAGAUUCAGCGCAAGCAGAGAUAUAGGCGACGAUACCCCAAUCGAAUACAUCCAGGAUCCCGACUCAACCACGAGUGGAUCACCACCAUCCUUCCUCCUCAGAUUAUCCAACAGCGACGAGCUCAGCUUUCAUUUCACAUUCCUCCUUCGCCAACCCACAAACUCAAUAGGCGGCGUACCCGUACCUUCAAAUGCAUCCACCACCACUAGCAGCGCUGGUGACACACAAAUCUCAGGCUUGACCUACAUCUUCGCGUCGAGCGCCAAAGAGGUGGAGAAUCUAGUUCUUCGGGAAUUCCACUCGGAUCCCAACCUACACAGAAAUCCAAACGUCCAGUUGAUUGGAGACUACGCGACUGACGGCAGCCCUUCGGUACAGUUCGGAUGGACGUGGAAAUGGCGACCACCGAAGUCGUCCGAGGACAAAGGAGGAGGUUGGCGCAAUAGCUGCAGUUUCGUGGAGUACAAUCCGCGCGCGGACCGAUUGGAAACCCUUGCCAACUUCACCUUUUGGGUUCAGAACACACAGCGUUACCUGGCAGCGCCCAAAUCGCCACGACUCGAACUUAAUCUUCCGCCUAGGCUGAGAGUGCCGUCGACGCAAUCGAUCGAGUCCCGCAUCAGUAACGUGAGCGAUUCCGAAGGCGAGGGCAGCUACAAGGAUCCUCGUGAACCGACAUCACCCAUCUUCGAAACAAUACCUGAGAAUGGCCUCGGUCUGGCACCAGUGACCACCUCGACAUCAAAUGCCACUACGAUUGCACCCGGGACAGUCAAAGUUGAUGUGCCGGUGUGCAAACCAGAGGAUGAUCCAUCACUCAACGAGGAUGGCCCGCUGUUUCGCGCGACGAUGCGGUCACUGGAGCAAAAGACGGGAAACAUGCGCUUGCGCAUGAAGAGGGUUCUACGUACGGCUGAGGCCGCCGAGAUAGCGCAACAAGCCUGCAAUCAAGCUGUGGGCGAUUUCACACAGGCUUUGAAAGAUGCGGCCACGUCGAAUGCCAAUGCGGUUCAACCAGCGCUGGAGCAUUACUUCAACAAGAUCGCUCGGGAGAUUCUACAGUAUGAGCGACAGAAUACGGUCAAUCUGCAAAGGCUUGUGAUCGAUCCGGUCAGCAAGCUGUACAACCUCGAGAUCAAGCAGGCAGAUUACAAAAAACGCGAAUUUGAUGAAGAGAGCAAGGAGUACUACUCGUAUGUGGGCAAGUAUCUUGGACAGCGCACCGAAUCCCUCAAGGAGAAGAAGCAAAGGCAAAGCGAUGAAAAAUAUCAAGCGAAACGAAGGACCUUUGAGCUCAAGCGCUUCGACUACUCAAGUUUCAUGCACGAUCUACAUGGAGGCCGCAAGGAUCAGGAGGUGCUCUCGCAAUUGACAAAGUACGCUGAUGCACAAGCCAAAAGCUACCUGGCCACCGCCAAAAAGAUCGAAGACAUGGUUCCCCAAUUGGAUGCUCUGGUCUCCGAGGUACGGAUAGCAGAUCAGGACUAUCAACUCCAGCGUAAGGAACGCGAAGAAAAACGCCGCGCACUGGAGACGAGCAGCAAAUUGGGCGGUGAGGACGGGGGCAGCGGCGCUCCGGGUCUCGCGCACUCCACAUCGGUGAAAGAGACAUCGCGUCCGAGCGAUGUAGAGCUCUCACGGUCGGGUAGCGUAAGUGCGCAUGGCUUAUUAAUGUCGACAUCACCUCCUGUCUCGCGCACAAUGCCAGUCCAACCAACGGCCCACACUGGACUUUCGGCACCUUCGUCAAUGGCUCCACCAGCACUACCUACCGCAAGUCCGAACUCCAAGUUCAAGGGAAUCCGCGACCUUGAAGAACAAAAUCCAAGUUCGAACAGCGGCACACAUCGCAAGGAGGGCCUGCUCUGGGCACUCAGUCGACCCGGAAGCGAUGUGGAUCCCAAGGGCAUCAUCAAACCUGGAUGGCACAAAUUCUGGAUUGUCCUCGAUCAAGGAAAGCUCUCCGAAUACGUGAACUGGAAGGACAAGCUCGACCUGCAUCGAGAGUCAAUAGAUCUGCGCAUGGCCUCUGUCCGUGAGGCUCGAAGUUCUGAUCGGCGUUUCUGCUUUGAGGUGAUCACGCCGCAAUUCAUGCGUGUGUACCAGGCGCCUGCGGAGGAGGACAUGCGUUCGUGGAUUGCUGCGAUCAACAAUGCCCUGCAGAGCGCAUUCGAGAACAAGAACUCGCAAUUGCCAGCGUCACCCACGCCAGGGCAGCCCAGUUCGACCCGAAAGGACAUCGCGGCGGUCCUGACUGGGAAGAGCUCGUCGUUCUCGGGCCACCGGCAAAUCUCUAACCCCAACAGGAACGCUGCUGCGUCGGCGGUCAGUCGACAUUCCACGAUCGCUGAGAAACCACAAUAUAAAAGAAGUGAGGCCAGCGAUCACGAGUCGCUGGCUCUGUUGCAACGCAUUCGAGACGUCGACGAAGGCAACAGGUUCUGCGCGGAUUGUGGAUCCGACAGCAAGGUCGACUGGUGCUCCAUCAAUCUGGGGAUACUUUUAUGUAUUGAAUGCAGUGGCAUUCAUCGCUCGCUGGGAACCCACAUCUCCAAGGUCCGCUCGCUGACGCUUGAUACGUCUGCCUUCACGCCAGACAUUGUUGAAAUCAUGCUUCUCGUGGGCAACCGCAUCAGCAACACGGUCUGGGAAUCGAAACUCGAUCAAUUCCUCAAGCCGGCGCCGCACUCGACACGAGAUCAAAGGCUACACUUCAUCACGGCCAAGUACGGCGAUCGAACGUACGUGCAGAACAGCGGGGGCGCUCUUACGCCAGAUGAUCACCUCAUCACAUCGAUCAAGAAAAAUGAUAUACAUAGUGUGCUACAUGCUCUUGCACAGCGGGCAAAUCCUAACGCCCACGACCGCUCGCGCUCAACACACGCUGUGUACCUAGCCCUGGCAGCCGCCGACCCGGCAGCGCCCGCUGGCGGUUUCUACCAUAGUCAUUCCCCGUCAACAUCAAGUCUACGGAUGACUACGGCUGUUCCGGCAGCGCCAUCCAGCUCUUCGCCCCAAAAUGGACUCCGCAAACCUUUCGCAAUGGCCGAGCUGCUCCUGCAGAAUGGCGCAGAUAUCCCAACUCAGCCAGCUCCGAUACCAUUGACCACAGCUGCGAGACUCUACCUCGAAUUCAAGACGGAUCAGAAGCUCGGCCGCAGCCAGGUCAGCGCCGGCCGCGAUUCCAACGGCGACAAUCUCUCGGCGCUGCCUCAGGUCCUUCCCAACGGCAGCAUCGUCGGCACCGGUGGAAUAAAUGGCUCGGGCUUCGAAGGUAGGCCGCGAGAUGCACCGCAGCGGCUCCUCAAACGGAACAGUCGUGAUCGGCCCCGCAGCCGUGCCAGCCCUGCUACGGAUGCCAUGGAAGGUCUAGUGAAGAAGUAG